GCGUCAAGCCCUCCAUCACCAACCCUUGGACCGCAUGGACUUUGGGAAUGAGGCUGAGAGCAGCCGUCUUAGUACCUUCCGAGAGCAAGUUCAGCGCCUCAGCAAUGAAAAUGUACAGCUGCAAGACAGGAACGAGAGGCUCUACGCCAAACUUGGGGAGCUGCAGGAGAAAAUGGGGCAGGUGGCUGGCUCCAAAACCGACUUGUCGUCAAGACUGGUUCAUAGUGAAGAGGAGAAACUCAAGAUUUCCAAGGACUUCGUUGAUUUCCAGAUUGAGACCAACAAAAUGAGAGAGCGUCACGAAGCAGAAAGCUUUGAACUGAAGAAUCUGAUCCUGGCCCUCGAGAGCCGUAUUCUGGAGGUGGAGCUCCAUGAUGAGAAGACCACUGGGGAGCGUGAUGCCUUACAAGAGCGCUUGAGUGCCCUAGAGACCAACCGCAAGGAGCUAGCAGACGAAUAUCUUGUUCUGAAGAGCAAUUAUCUUGCACUGGGCAAGGAGCACGAACAGGAAGUCGCUAAGAAUGAAGAGCUUAGCAGAGAGUUACUGAACUUGGCCAAUGCCCGAGGCAACAGCCCCAAGUCCCAAGCUCAAACCAACAAGGGUUCUGUGGAGUUGGAACGGGUACGAGCCUUGGUCCACCGUCUCUCUGCCCGCAAAGUGAAGCCAGAAGAGGUGGUGGCUUCCGAACAUGAACAGCGGAAACUGGAGAGAAGUCUUUUUGGAAACCAGGAUCACAUCACUGCACAGAUUGAAAAGAUGAAAGAAAUGUACAACUCACAGCAGCAGAAGUUAGAGGAGAGAGUGGUGACCCAGGGCAAGGAGCUGCAGGAGGCCAAGAAGGCGAUCCGGAACACGCAGCACAAGCUGGCAGAACAGUCGGUGGUAUUACUUUCGUCCCAAAGCCAGCUUCAAGAAGUGGAGGCAGAGAAUUCCCGGCUUCAGCUACAGCUGAAGCAGCUGAACGAGGAGUACAGGUCUCGGCUCCUCCAGUACAUCACAGACCUGGCGGAGCACAUGGACAACAAGUCAGUUGCUGCUGCAGCAAAAGGGACCAGCAAAACCACCUUCAAACCGGCUCACAUGAAGCGCUUUGUGGAUGGCAUGCUGCAGGACAUCCGGGCUUCGUACAAGUCUAGGGAGGAACAGCUGGCCAAAGCUGCUCGUGGCUACAAGAAACGCCUCCAGAACUUGGUCAAGAGGCAUGAGGGCCUGCUCAUUGCGUACAGGAUGCAGCGUGAACAGAUUCGGUCGCUGGGCAGCCACGAUCUGGAUCCUGGCCCACCAGAACACCAUUUCAUCAUCACGGAUGCCGAGCUGCUGACGAGCACCUCUCAGGAGCUGAACCGGCUGCGGGAGGAUAAAGCCAGCUUGGAGGGCCAACUGCACGAACUGCAGAUGAAGGUAAAGUUAAGUCAAAAUGCUGGUUCAGGGACAUCACCUCCGCACAUGCUGGACGAGGCGGGCUGGGCUGAGCUCCGGAAACAACUACGAGAGUUCACUCAAACCACACAGGAGGAUCUCGAAAAGGAAAGGAGUCAGCUGCUGACACGGGCCAUGGUGGCAGAAGAGCAGGUAGCCGAACUGCAGGAGUAUGUGGAUAAACACCUUGUAAGGUACAAGCAGGAGAUCUUGAGGCUGAGGAAACUUCUGGGAAUAGACAGCCACGAAGAACUAAUUGCCGGAGCUUCUAACCCUCUGGCAACUUCAAAAGCCAAGAGGAAUUUCAGUAAUGAAAUGUAGUCCCUUGACACCCAAGCUAUGGGAAGAAAAGGCUUUGUAGCAUCCUCAAGGAGGACUGGCACCUUGGCCUGAACAGCAGGUGGAUUGCAAUGGCUGGGUAUACUUCCGUCCCCCAGAAUAGACUCCAGGAAGCAAGUAGCUCAAUGAAGCCCUUUCAGCAACCAUUUUUGUC